UAUAAAGAUUUGAUUAUGUGAAUUGCAACAAAACGUAUUAACCUCCUAGAUCACAAGACUAAAUGGCAAACAACAUGACUGAUGUCGAUGAUGUCGUUGUUGGGGACAACAGCAUCGAGAUUGAAAGCGAACGGACCAUAUUUCUAACGUUUGCUCGUGGGGUUCCUGUGUCGGAGGCAGAGGUGAAGCAGUUUUUCACAGAAACGUAUGGUGAAAAUUGUGUUAAAGGCGUUGACAUGCAAUAUAGCGAUGGCCAACAACAAUCACUAUUUGCUCGGUUGGUCUUGGACUCGGUCGCUACCAUGAAUCGCAUACUCGAUGGCAAACGCGAACGCAUUAAAAAGUUGUGGAUCAACGAGAAGCUCAUUUGGGCUCGUAAGCACGAGAGAAGGGAUGUAUCGAUAUAACUACAUCCCAAAUGGAUAUUUAUAUAUCUUGUUUCUCGUUUUGUUGUUACUCUUCUGAUGCAAAAAGUCUUUCUCUUAUCUGCUGUAGUCUAAUAACUAGAAAACAUAUGUAACUCCCCGACCACAUUGGGUUUCUUCACUCUGAAUGAAAUAUGUUUUCACAUA